AUGACUAAACGCAAAGCGCAGGACGCUGGCCUGGACCUCGAUUUUGACGACUUCAAGAGGAACGCAAAAUUUAUGAGCCGAGAGAUUACCAAUCUACAAGCUGAUCUCAAACUGACAAACGAAAUCCACCCAUUCUUCCGGGAAGGCCAAUUUGAAGGUCUUUCAACGGACGAAUACCGCGCCAUAGAGCAAUCGGCGCGAUUAGCAAGUAAGUUUCUCGAAAGUGGAAGCCUCGAUAACUUUUUCCAUAUUAUUUUCUUUGCAAAGGCUCAGCCGGCUGAAUUGAUCCACAAGAAGAUACGAGCAAGACGAUAUAGAAAAGAAGACAUCGAUUCCGAUCGGAAGGUACCUUGCCCGGAGAUUAGGAGAGUGAAAGAUCUCCUGCGAAGGAUGUGCGAACACAGCCACUACCAGAUCACAUGGAACGUUGACGAAGGCGCUUUAACAAAUGAUAUCAAAAAUUCGAAUACCAGGAGCAAAAAGUACCCGAGAGGACUCAAGUCCGUGAUCCGCAUCAGUCGCAACACCUUCAAUGAUCUCUUACGUGCGGUGGGUUCCGAGGACACUCCGCGACGGAUCGCUUUAACGUUCGAGUUUGCGGUUAUGCUUCUGCACGAGAUGGCGCAUGCUUGCAGCUGCUUUGUCGACUGUGACCCCCAAUAUGAUGCGUUCUUCGGAGAUCGACGUGAGACCAAUGAGAUUGGCUUCGAAAUGGAGAACUUCCUUUUCGGCGGCAUACUCACCCGAGUAUAUCCCGAGGAAGACCCUGAAGCCGGCCUGUAUCGGGAUCAUGACCAUGAUAGCGCUCUCACGGGAGCUGUCGUGCUCUGGGAAUUUCCCUAUCAAUUACAAGUCCAAGGCUAUUUGGGUUCAAAGGAAGCAGACAUUCUGGUUGCAGAACAGCCGAAGAAGCAGAGGCCACUGGAUAUGGCCUGGCGCGUGCCGUUGACGUUCCUGCAAGAUUUCUUUCGAGACGACUUCUGGAAUUCGCUCGGAAGUAAUGAUUUGUUGCCGAAACGUGAGGUGGCAUUCUGCUUUCGGGUGCAUAAAGUUCGCCAGAAUGUCCUCUUAGUGCCUGUAAAGGCAUCUGGGAAUAUCAGUCUGGAGCGGCAGUAUGUCCCGGCAGGAUUUAGAAGGAUAGCUUCAGGUGACAUUGUUCCUUUCAGCCCCACAACAGCGCGCAAGAAGCCAAAACCGCGGUAA